AAGUAAUCUGUAUUCUUCACGCAGCUUCAAUCACCUCUUCAACUAUAAAAAAAGCCCUAAUCAGCGAGCCGUAUAAACGACAUUCAGCAGCCUUAUUUGCUCGAAUUCUUCGAUAAGAAUAUCUAACAAUUGUUACCGUUGAAUGCUUCUACUAAAAAAAACAUUGCACUCUUUUUUGCAUAUUUUCACUAUCAAAUCAUCAAUACUUGUACAAUUCUAGCUUUAACCACAGGCAAACUCGCAGAUAAAUAACAUUUGAAAACUUGACCAAAGCGCUGCAACGCUUUAUAUUUUUAUGAUUCAGCGGUUGAUUGUGAUGCACUCUAUUAAUUUAGAAAAUAAAAACGUUCAAAAGUUCUUUUCCUAAUAUAUGAGUAAUUGGUUUGCUUCUAAGCCAUCAAAGCGGUUAGUCCAUUUACAAAGGCUGAGGACACAAACCCAAAGCCUAGCAAAAAGCUCAGCAAACAGUCUCAGUUUUAAUACCGAAAGAGAAGCUUUACAGAUAGAAUAUAGAAAGCUUCAGUCUAAGUUCCUGCAUGUUCAAAGCGAAUACCUGUACUUCAAACAAAUUUUUGAAAACCAAGCCAACCAAAGCGGCGAACGCCCAAACCUGGAGAAAAUACAAGAUACAGACUUUUUAAAACAGACUGAGGCAUUUUCGUAUGCGUACAAGCUUCUGGGUAAAACAGCAACACCCUUGAAAAACAAAACCGUCUUGCUUGAAUUGUACACGGAUUAUCCACACAGCGCAAAGAGUUACAAACUUUACAUUCAAGAAUUAGCUGAGACACAAAACUGGGAAAUGACCGUUAGAAACAAAAAAGUGAUCCUUGAACAUAAUUUGCCAAACUUUGUGCCUGUCACCCGUCUCAGCAACGACUUUUUGAAUGUCAGCCUUAUGCACUUUGUUGACACUGUCCUUGAGCACCUGAUCGUUGGGUUUGAAAGGCUAAAUAACGUUGAAAAAUUAAAAGCAUUUAAGUUAUCAAAAAUUGACAAGCUGCGUUUGUCGGAUGAUCUGUCAUGCAUAAGCUGGGUCAUUCACAAAAACAAACAGACAUGUUUAAAGUUUUUGAUUGAAUAUGAUAGUCAAACCCUUAGAAAGCCAUCUAAAGUUACAAUAAUAGACAAGGCAAAUCCAGCCAGACGCUUGAGAGUAUUUGAAACGCUUUUUAGCCAAAUAAGUGACUGGAAAAUAGCCUUGCAACUAGGAUUACUGGCUGACAAGCUGCCAGCCGAUUUGUAUACACAAACUGUCCCUAUUAUUUACUCAUCAUAAAUUUUCCUAAUUUGAUCGAUUGUGCAAGGAAUAAAAGUGAUUGGGCAUCGGCUGUAUUGUUGGACUUGAUUAUGAAUGCAAGCGUAACAGAAGAUAAAGCCACUCGAAGCCAUAGCAGGCACAUUUCGAUCCUUUCCACAAAUUGGACAAAUUUUUUUGUUUUUAGGCACAGGCAAGCCGUCUGGAUGGGGUUUCGGAGGAUGAGGAGGAGGCGGAAUAGGCUGGAGCGGCAUAACCAGUCGGUUUUGACUGUACCACCAUUCUAAAAACUUGAAAAAGAAAACGAACAUAGGUAAUAUGUAUUUGGAGUAGUCCAAGCAAAAUUUUCCAACAUUUUUGAUGCGAUUCCAGAGGUGCUCAUCUGAGGUGGCUUUUCUAAAAAUUUUAGCUCUAUGAUUUUGAAGCAUUAAGUCGCCAACGGACAAUUUUUUGAUGAUGAUACGCUGAAGAUGCAAAAACGGUGUGAAAUGGACCGUGAGACCAUACAUAUACAGAAGUUGGUAAAAGAAGAAGCAGAGCUCGUAUACAAAAUGCAGGAACGGAUAAACCGCUUUAGUGAUUUUCCACGCCAAAGUACUUGGCUGGGAGUAGUCAAAUGUAUCCACAUCGCCUGCUUGGAGAAGGGCGAUGUUAUGAGCAAAACGUCUGUUGUACCAUGUAUCUAACUUGUCUUUGAUAUAAGGCAUUAGGACAAGAAAAAAUAAAGACAGCCGCUUUUCUUGUCUUGUUAAAGGCCGAGUCUUC